UAAGGUAGUUCAGCCGAUACUCGAUAUAUCACAACCGCCUCUCCACAUUCGCGAUAGCAGGGCAGGACAGUUCUCUCACGCGCCGCUAAUACUGCAGCAACGAGAACGCAUCAGCUAAAAUAGCGGGUACGUCAGAUCUCCUGCCCGAGGACGCAAGGAAAUCCCGGCUUGUCUCUUCGCGACGGGACCGGGUUCAUUCUCGCCCACGUCAAGCCUUUUCACCUAAACAUUGCGCCUUGCACUGAAGAGCCAAUCCUUCAAUUAACCUCUCAGUCUCUCAUUCAUCGCCUGGAUCGCCUUGCGAUGCCCCCCAAAGCUGCUGGCCAGGGCCGCGGCGAGUCUUCCAAAGCCCCACAGAGGUAUCCUGGCAGCACUUCAUCGCCGGCAUCGCAGCCACAAGGAGGCCAAAGCGGUCAAGCUGAGCAAGGAGAUUCUUCCGCCGCAGCGAAGAAGAGAAAGCACAGAGCUGGAAAGAAGCAUCGUCGACACCGUCGACAGUCGUUUGCACCGACUGAAGCUUCUGACAUCACCACCGAGCGACCUGAUCCUCGACAUUUGACGGUCGAUUCAGCAGCUCGGAACAGCUUUUACAGGAUUGAUGCGGGCAAGAGAAGUACUGACAGCAUUGCUAGCGAGGCGCUGCUAGAUCAUAGGGAUUCUGGGCCACUCCAAGCUAGACGCCAAAGCAUCCACCAAAGCCAAUAUGCCCCUCCCCGUAGUAGCUUUAUGGGAGACCACGAGUCGCCAGUCAGGAGUAUGACCAACAGUACUGUUAUGCCAGGCUCCUCCGGUCUAUCGCAUCCUAUAAGGCCGUACGAGAACGGCGAGGAAGACUAUGAAGAGACCUCAGAUCGAACACCUUUAAUUGCAACAACAAAGCCAAAGCAGGCUACAAGUGGUGUGGGUUAUGGCGGGCUUACACCGUCAACCAACCGCCAGCGAUCCAAGCCACGAUCUGUCAGUUCAAAUGCUUCAAGAAAGAGUCGGCCAUUACUAGAGCAUGCCCAGACCGGUAUGAGCUCAAGCAAUCUAUUCGACGUCAACAAUCCUCCCUCGGUACCGGGAAGCCCCGUGCUGGGUGCGGGAAUUGGCUACGAUGAUGCUAUGCUCACAGGGGAUGUUAUCACAAGUCAUUCUCCUCAGAACACACGCAAUGCCCGCUCUGCAACGUCGCGCGACGCGCUUAUCGAUAUCAAUGACGGUGCUCCGUUCAUGGACUCUACACCUCCCUCGCCAGAUCGUUUCGGAAGAGAGCGCAGACAUACGAUCGCGCAUCCCGCGGAGGAAGAUGUGUGCUUUCCGGCUGAGGGAAUGUCGGCAAUCGGAGAGGAAGAUUACAUGCAGAUGCAACAGCAGAAUGGUCAAGAAUAUCAACACCGGCGAAGGAGGCGCCGACAAUGGCCUGAUCUUGAAACUUUGGACCACUGGAGCCGGGAGGAGAAAGAGGAGCGAACAAUGGAAGGAAUUCGCAUCAGGAAAGUGAGCGAGCCUCUUAUGGUUGGUGGACGCCUGCGUCCCACAAAGAAUGCAGCAUGGCACCGACAGGACGAUGACGCACCGUAUCGGUUCACGUACUUCAAUGAGGAGUUUCAAAACACAAUACAUAGUCAGACAAUAGGGGAGCUUCUUCAACCCGGCCAGACCUUUCGGGACCUCUUUAUUCCUGAUCCACCUUUACUAUCUGACGAGAGUUCCGAUGAGGAAGACGAAGAUGAUCUGGCGAGCAGAGUUGCAGGCUCCGUAGCAGGGACGACAACAAGGCAGUCAUACCGCCCGGGCGAUACUGGGAGUAAGAUACCAUCUGGAGAGCAAACUGGGAGAAAUACGCCUGUGCCAUCUUCAGCUCAGGAUCAUCCGUACCAGAAGACCAGUAAAGAGCCUCGUUAUGGAUCACGACCAGUAUUUUGGCUGGAUGUCAUGUCACCUACCGACGCAGAAAUGAAAGUCAUUUCGAAGGCAUUCGGCAUCCAUCCCCUGACAUCGGAGGACAUUAUGAUGCAAGAAGCUCGCGAGAAAGUUGAACUGUUUCGGCAUUAUUACUUCGUAAACUAUCGGACAUUCGAGCAAGACCCCAACAGUGAGGACUAUCUAGAUCCAGUAAACAUGUUUGUUGUGGUGUUCAGAGAAGGCGUCAUCAGCUUCCACUUCUCCAUGACACCACAUCCAGCCAACGUUCGACGACGCAUCCGUCAACUAUCCGACUACUUGAUCCUAUCUUCCGAUUGGAUCUCGUAUGCAAUAAUUGACGACAUCACAGACGUAUAUGCACCUUUGAUUCAGAGGAUUGAGGAGGAGGUAGAUGAGAUCGACGACGAAAUUCUCAGGCUGCAUAUGACAGACUCUGAGCCUGAGAAGAAGGCUGGAAAGAACAAGAACGAUGAGAAAAUGUCUGAAAGUGGUGAAUCAAUUAAAGAAAAUGUCCAUGGUGAUAUGCUUCUUCGUGUUGGGGAGUGUAGAAAAAAGGUUAUGGGCCUAUAUCGUCUCCUGGGUAACAAAGCCGAUGUUAUCAAAGGCUUUGCGAAGCGUUGUAAUGAGCAGUGGGAUGUUGCGCCUCGCAGCGAAAUUGGUCUCUACCUUGGCGAUAUUCAAGAUCAUAUCGUUACCAUGACCGGGAACUUGACCCAUUACGAAAGUCUACUCUCCCGUGCUCAUGGUAACUACCUCGCCCAGAUCAACAUCCGUAUGAAUGAAAGGCAAGAACAGACUGCUGAUGUACUUGGUAAGCUCACUGUGCUGGGAACCAUUGUCCUUCCGAUGAACAUCAUUACGGGUAUGUGGGGCAUGAACGUGCUCGUGCCAGGCCAGGAUGUAGAUAGCCUUUGGUGGUUUUGGGGUAUCACGGCUGGACUCCUCGCGUUUGGUCUAAGUAGUUUCUUCAUUGCGAAGAAGGUCUACGGUAUUGUAUAAGUCGAUGUACUUUCAUCAAUGUGUAAAUUUGGAACAGCUGUCAGAUGGCUGGCUGGAAACGGGUGGGGAUGGGUGGGAACUGGUUAUUAAUCAC